AUGCACCACCACCCAUCACCACCACCACCAUCCUCCAUAACCACCUCUAUCUACCACUCACCAAAACCAUCAACUACCAUCAUUAUAAACAACCACUACUUACCAUCACCCAACCACCAUCACCCACCGCCACCACCUACACCUACACCCACCACCAUCAACCACCACCACUACCUGCCAUCACCACCACCACCACUACCACUUAUCACCACCAUCCGUUACCACCACCUUUACCCACCAUUCUCCAAAACCACCCUCUGCCUCCACCAUCACCACUUACCACCUACCACCGCCCAACCACCACCACCACCCACACUCACACCCGUCACUCGCCACCAACCAGCACCCACCACAACCACACACUACCUACCACCAACACCACCCACCACCCGCCACCACCAUUACUACCACCAUUACCACCACUCGACACUAAUACCCCUACCACCACCUAGCCACCACCACUAG